AUGGCUGUCUACUGCCGCGUGAUGCAGCUCAAAGAUCGGCGAGGAGUUCGUCCCAGGGCCGUAAACCAAAUUAGGAGGGAAAAACGGUGGCGAAUAAUCGAAAUAAAAAAUAGUCGAAAGACUACUUGGCGGACUCCGCCACCGCCGGCGCCCGGACGAUCUACUGUCCGGUCCUGCCUAGCGGAAUGGCUAGGCAGAGGCCAUGGGGGAUUGACCUAUCGGAGUUUGACCCAGGUACUCUCCGGACAUGGUUGCUUCGGAGAGUACCUGAGAAUCGGGAAGGAGCGCACGACUCGAUGCUGGCACUGUGCGGCCUGUCGGAACGCGCAACAUACAUUGGAGGAGUGCUCCGCUUGGGACCGAGAAUGCGGAGUCCUGAUCGCAGUAUCAGGAGAACACCUCUCGCUGCCGGCCCUCGUCAACAAAAUGAUCGGCAGCGAGGAGGUCUGA